AAAUAUUUUACAAACCGAUAAUACAGCUCCAUAUCUAGCUCGUCACGGAAUCAGAUUUGGUCUAGAUUUAAAACUUGAAGAUUCUUUAGCAGCUUGUUUAGUAGAUCAAUAUCUUACUAGAACUCCAAUGGAUGUCACUGCAGAAAAUUUGCCUAAAAAAAUAAUAUUACUCGUGAACAAGCUGAUAACUGAUGCUGCUAGGUGUUUUUCUGAUAAGAUAACACCAGUUGAAGUCAAAACAAAAAAAGGCUUUGCAUUAUUUUUUAGAGAUGAGCAUCCAUGUUCACAAACAAUUAUCCAAAUAUUAUCUAAACUACCUUUUGUAUUUGUUAAAGAUACUGGUGUAGUAAUGGUGGAUAAUGCAUCGGGUAUUAGUGAUGAUGCAGGGGCAAUUAUUGUAGCUAGUGAAGAUGCUGUAAAAAAACAUAAAAUAGUUUCUUUAGCAUGUAUUGUUAGUUACUCUGUAACUGGUAUAGAACCUACUAUUAUGGGAAUAGAUCCUGUACCAGCAAUUAAAGAAGCAUUAAAAAGAGCCAAUCUUAAACUUUCAGAUAUUGGGCUGGUAGAAGUCAAUAAGGCCUUUGCUCCUUAA